UAAAGAACUAUGUGGGACUUCUUCAUUUAUUAUAGUUUCUUCUUUUCUCCUCUCAAGUCUUAACUAGGUUUUUCAUUCACUGUUCAAUCUUCACUCUCUCUCAAUACCAUUAAACUCAUUAAAGCUUCAGUUUUCCCUCCUCCAGCGUCUUCUCGACUCUCUCUGAAAUUCACGCCGCCCACUCCUCCAGGCUCCGGCACUGACUCUUGCUUCAGCCCCCUGUUUCAGAGCCGUCGCAUGAAAGACUUUGUUAUUGAACUGCCUGAACAAAUCCUCACAAAAGAAUAAGGCUGCGCUUAUUGAAAUAUCUGAUUUCCCAAAACAUCUCUGAAGGAUUCUUCCAUUGGCUUAUGCCAAGCAUUCAAGAAUGAGGGCAAUUUUCAUUAAUCCAGUGCUGAAACUGCGGCUUGAGCAGAAACCGUUCUACUUGUAUAACACUUUUAAAAGGUUAUCAUCUUUGAAUGAUGGGACUAGUGGUGUGGAUGUUAAUGAAGGAUCCAACAAUGAGGGGAAGUGGAGAACUCAUAGUAAUGGAGGAGAUGCUCAUAUGAGGAAACAUGAACUUCUUAGGAGAGGGAUUGAGAAUGUGUGUCAUAUAUUGGAAAGUGGUCCGUGGGGACCUUCAUUGGAGAAAGCUCUCUCUUUGUGUGAUGAUAAACCUGAGCCAGACCUGGUUAUUGGAGUGUUGAGGAGGCUGAAGGAUAUCAAUCUAGCAAUUCACUACUUUAGAUGGGUGGAGAAGGCGACAAACCAAGUGAAUCUGCCAGAAACAUACCAUUCGCUUCUGAUACUGAUGGCAAGGUGUAGGAAAUUUGAUAGAAUUGGACAUGUUUUGGAGGAAAUGAGUCUUGCUGGAUUUGGACUUUCUUUCGAGACUAGCAUGGAGUUAGUUUCUAGUUGUGUGAGGGCACAAAGGUUGAGGGAGGCGUACGGUCUUAUGCAAACAAUGAGAAACUUCAAAUUCCGCCCAGCAUUUUCAGCUUACACCACUCUUAUAGGGGCACUGGCUGAGGUGCGUAAGCCUGAGCACCCUAAUCUCAUGCUUUUCCUCUUUCAUCAGAUGCAGGAGUUAGGCUAUGAAGUAAGUGUGCAUCUGUUUACGACUUUAAUUCGUAUAUUCGCCCGUGAUGGCCAGGCUGAUGCUGCUCUCUCCUUGUUAGAUGAGAUGAAGAGCAACUCAUUUCAAGCAGACAUUGUUCUCUAUAAUGUGUGUAUCGACUGCUUUGGUAAGGCUGGUAAAGUUGAUAUGGCUUGGAAAUUCUUUCAUGAGAUAAAAUCCCAUGGUCUCAUUCUUGAUGAUGUGUCAUUUACCAGCAUGAUUGGAGUUCUUUGUAAAGCUAAUAGGAUGAAUGAAGCUGUUGAGCUGUUCGAACAGAUGGAGCUGAAUAGGUCUGUUCCAUGUGCAUAUGCUUAUACCAUGAUCAUGGGCUAUGGGUCUGCUGGAAGGUUUGAUGAAGUGUAUAAGUUGCUUGAGAGGCAAAGAAUGAAGGGGUCUAUUCCAAGCGUGAUUGCAUACAAUAGCCUUCUUACAUGCCUUGGUAGGAGAGGAAAAGUAGACGAGGCCUUAAAAGUUUAUAAUGAUAUGAGAACAGAUGCCAUGCCCAACCUCUCUACAUAUAAUAUUCUUGUUGAUAUGCUUUGUCGGGCAGGAAAACUCGAUGCAGCUUUAGCGAUACAACAUGACAUGAAGGCAUCUGGCAUGGCUCCUGAUAUAAUGACCGUCAACAUAAUGAUAGACAGAUUGUGCAAGGCUAAUAAACUGGAUGAGGCUUGUUCUGUCUUUCACAGCAUGGAUCGUAAAGUUUGUAGCCCAAACAAAUAUACAUUUUGUUCCCUGAUAGAUGGCUUGGGCAGGCAUGGCAGAGUAGAUGAUGCAUAUAAAUUAUAUGAAGGGAUGUUGGAUUCUAAUGAGGUGCCAGAUGCGAUUAUAUAUACACCCCUAAUCAAGAACUUUUUCAAGUCUGGCAGAAAGGAGGAUGGUCAUAAGAUUUACAAGGAAAUGGUCCGGAAAGGCACCUCACCAGACCUCACACUCCUUAACACUUAUAUGGAUAGUGUUUUCAAAGCUGGUGAAACAGAAAAGGGCAGAGCCUUGUUUGAGGAUAUCAAAGUGCAGUUUACCCCUGAUGCACGAAGCUACUCGAUUCUAAUAAAUGGUCUCAUAAAGGCUGGUUUUGCACGUGAGACUUACGAGAUCUUCUAUGCAAUGAAGGAACAGGGUUGUGCUCUUGACACCCUUGCUUAUAAUACUGUUAUUGAUGGAUUCUGUAAAUCAGGUAAAGUUAAUAAAGCUUACCAGCUAUUGGAGGAAAUGAAGGCCAAAGGUCAUCAACCAACUGUAGUGACAUAUGGUUCUGUUAUUGAUGGGCUUGCUAAGAUUGACCGGCUUGACGAAUCUUAUAUGCUUUUUGAAGAAGCAAAAUCAAUUGGAGUGGAACUGAAUGUAGUUGUGUAUAGUAGUCUUGUAGAUGGGUUCGGAAAGGUGGGCAGAAUAGAUGAAGCAUAUCUCAUCAUAGAGGAAAUGAUGCAGAAUAAUUUGACACCUAACAUCCAAACAUGGAAUUGCUUGCUUGAUGCACUUGUUAAGGCAGAAGAGAUUGAUGAAGCCCUUGUCUGCUGGAACUCUAUUAAAGACUUGAAAUGCAUACCUAACAUCGUAACAUACAGCAUUCUUAUAAAUGGUCUCUGUAAGGUUCGGAAGUUCAAUAAAGCCUUCGUGUUUUGGCAGGAGAUGCAGAAACAAGGGUUGAAACCUAAUGCAAUCACCUAUGUCACCAUGAUAUCUAGGCUUUCCAAGGCUGGGAAUAUAUUGGAGGCCGUUAAACUGUAUGAAAGAUUCAAAGAAAACGGAGGUAUACCUGAUUCGGCCUGCUAUAAUGCAGUGAUAGAAGGCUUGAGCUUAGCGAAUAAGGCAACUGAGGCAUAUCAACUAUUUGAGGAAACAAGGUUAAAGGGUUGUAAAAUACACACCAAAACCUGUGUGGUUCUUUUGGAUGCACUUCAUAAAGCUGAAUGUCUCGAGCAAGCUGCUAUAGUGGGCGCUGUAUUAAGGGAAACAGCUAAAUCACAACAUGCUUCUAGAUUGUUGUGAUGUUGGAUUUUCCGGUGCCAGAAGUUGUAUAUCUUUUGAUGUGUAGUUGGCUCUUCUAUUUACAAGCACAGAAAGAUUGAAAGGAAACUUACACAUGUUAAAUUAGUGGAUACUGAGGAAGCAAUCAACUCAAUAUCAACUAUUUUUAUGAGCACCACACGUAUUGGUCGAUUAAGGGAUUGCAUUGCAGAUUUGGCCCUAGGGGCGAUGGGAAGAAAUCAGACAGCUUUGGCCAGUAAUGACUGCUCGCUAUCAGAAAGUGAUAAGACUCCUCACGAUUCCUUCAUAAUCAGAGAGAAAUAUGCUAAAAAAUUGGAGCAGAGAAGCAGUGAUAAAAAUCGGAUGUCGGAAAGACUGAGAGUGGAUGCAGAAAGGUACUUUGAGGACGCAAGAGACGGAUUUAUCUUCAUUUGAUGGGGAAAGAAGUGAUGGAAGUUCAACUUUAGGAGGUUUGUUGAAGGGAAGAAGUGAUAGGAGAGACUGAAACUUGUUGAAAUGGAUGGCGUUAUCUUCCCCUGUCCUGAAGAUUUAAGACAUGUCUAUCUUGUUACUAAGUAAAAUGGAUCCACAUUGAAGAAAGUUAAAUGCCAAUUGCCAGACCCUUUUAAUAUGCAUAAUUCAGUGUCAAGUUCACACUGGUCUCUUCCUCUUCAUGUAGGUUGAAGCAUUCUUUUCCAUUUUUUCCAACAGGCUUACUUCAGGAGCUCGGGUUAUAAUUCAGUCGAAAGUAUGUUCUGACAGUGAGGGUAGCUCAUAAUGGACAUGUAUGAGAAUGAGACUUGAGAGAUGGAAGACUUAUCACACUAUUUUCUGAAUGAAUUGUUCACAUCGAUGGAGCCAUGGUUGAAGCCUUUUGAGGUGACUCUUCAUCUCAUGCAUAAGAAAUUUUGUUUUCGUGGAAAUAUUUUCGAUUGAAUUAUGCUGAAUAUUCAACUUUAGUGUCGUUUUUGCUGGUAAGAGUUAAGGUAGGCCGUAGGAGUACCAGACAUGCCACUGAACAUGAUAUAUUGAUAUUUACACUAGGAUGAGUUCAAUAGUGUUCAAGCACUGUACUAUUUUUGCCCUAUUUAAAAUUUUCAGGCGUAAAUUUGUUGAUUAACAAA